CAGUUGCCUUCGAUGAUUCACGUGCUCUGCAAAGUGUUGAGUCUGACAGACAUUCUAUAUCUGUUUCUGAGUGGCCAAUGGUCCUCGUUUUCGCAAUUUCGAGAUUCUCUUCGAGCUGUAUCUGGAAAUUCUGAAACAAGAGGUUCCACUGAUCUUCUGGUCUUACGAUCAACUCAUUGUAGACGCGGCUGGUAGGUACAGAUGUUAGAAGUAUUUAGCACUUCUGACCUCGUAGAGUCUCUCUGUCUGUUGAAUUUCUCCCCCAAUCUUAUCGUAUCUGCGUCGAAUCAGUAUAUCCCUAGUCAAACAUCUUUCUCUUUCACAAUCUACCUCUUGCCUUCGGUACAGCCAUCUCACAUCAACAUGCACUUCUCAACCCUCCCGCUCCUCACCCUCCUCCUCGCUCAAGCAACAGCCCACAACGCCCCCGAGAAACGCCAAUGGCAAUCAAUCGUCGAAUCCGCAACCUCCGUCGCAGCCACCAUCGGUAACGGCUACAACUCCAUCGGCCAAUCCAUCGCCUCCUCCGCCGACUCCGUAGCCGCAACCGCCGCCGACUCGGCAACCUCACGAGCCUCCGUCAUCGUCUCAUCCGCCAACAGCGUCGCAGCCACAGCAGGCGACUCUGCCACCUCGAGAGCGAGUUCCGUGGUAUCAAGCGCCCUGAGCGUCGCGAGUACAGCGGCAGAUUCCGCAACGAUGGAAGCGAGCAGUGUGUUCUGCGGUGUCGUCGGCGAAUUCGGCGGCGAGUAG